AUGUCAACCGGAUUUUGGGCGUCCAUUUUCCGCCAGUGCCCGGAUAUCGAUCGACGCAAGAUGAACUUUCCUGGUCUUGGCGCCCCCGCGCAGCAGCAGCAAGGCCCGUCGCCCGUCGCGAUGGCCAAGGUCGAGAUGGCCAUGUACACGGACCUCUUCAACCGCAUGGCCGAGAUGUGCUUCAAGAAGUGCAACUACCGCUUCCACGACGCCGACCUCAACGUGGGCGAAAUGAGCUGCGUCGACCGCUGCGUCGGCAAGUACAUGCAGGCGCACCACCAGGUCGGCGAGACCAUGCAGCGCGUUCAGAACAGCAUGAUGGCCGGCAACCCGCCCCAAUAGACACCGUAAUACAACCUCGCCACCUGUAUAACUAAGCUCCAUCCCAUCUCACAUUGCAGC